AUGCAGUUCUCCACACUUUUCCGAUUCGCCUUUUUGGCCGUUCUCGCUGUUUCAGCGUUCGCAGACUACGAUGAUUCGAUUGGCACCAUCCCAGUGGCUGUGGACCUGGACUAUUUUUCCAACUAUGUGAAGAAGGGCGGACCACAAGGACCACUGCGCUUCGGAAAACGACGUGGACCAUCUGGACCACUUCGUUUUGGAAAACGCUCGUUCCACACCGCGCUAGCUCCAGAAGACGUCGUGUCGUUCUAUCAGUGA